AUGUUGGCAUUUGGAAGUUUUGCCGUUCCUUUCGUCACAGUAUUCAUUGGAAUAGCCCUAGGACACCAAACACCUGAACAUGGAACACUGAUUGAUCCUCGUACCCGAUAUCCUGCAAACUAUACGCUGCCAGUGCAAGGCUUCCCGGGACUUCAGAGCAAUUGGCAUCCGCGACCCGAUUGCGGCGAGCGCUCUUAUGUCGGACAUGGGCGCUUACGCGGCCGACGAGCACUGAUUACAGGCGGCGAUUCAGGCAUGGGACGGGCGAUUGCAAUUGCUUUCGCGCGCGAAGGAGCUGAUGUCGCCUUCAAUUACCUAGAAGUCGAAGAGUCGGAUGCACAAGAAACAAAAGCUUUUACGAUCCCUGGUGAUCUGCGAAAUGAAUCGUUUUGCGCUGACUUGGUGCAUCGUGCUGCCGCUAGCCUAGGUGGGCUUGACAUUGUUGUCAGCCACGCUGGCUAUGCCCUUGAACAGGCCUACAUUGGCAAUCACAGCACGGAAAGCUUUGAACAGACCUUAGCUGCAGCUCCGCUGUUACCUCCGGGGUCUUCCCUCAUCUUCACUGCAUCGGAUGUAGCUGUUGGGGGUAAUGCAAGGCUUGUCGACUAUGCUGCCACCAAAGCCAUGCUUGUUUCGUUCACCAGGUCACUUGCGCUGCAACUCUGGCCUUUUGGCAUCCGUGUGAAUGCAGUAGCGCCAGGUGGUACGCUCACAAACUUUCUCACAACUCAAGGCGAGACGACGGAAAGCAUCAAUGGAGCCGUCUCUCUGACCCCAGGCGGUCGUUUGGCGCAGCCGGUGGAAGUAGCCCCUACCUAUGUCGAUUUGGCUGAAGGAAUUAAUAGUUUCGCAAGCGGAAGUGUAUAUGGUGCGAAUGGUCCCACGGGGGGAUUCUGA